AUGUGGGAAAUGUCCCCACAAGGGAGAACUAUCCUUGUUUUACUAUCCUUGUGGGGACUUUUGGGGAUUUCAGGUCCACACACACACACAACUUUAGGAAUGGGACAUAUCAUAUUUUUAUAUGUAAAAGUAUCUUACUGCUCUAUUUUAUUUAGAAUUUACAGAAUCCUUCUAACUUGUUGAAACUCGCCGAACAAUGACACCCACCAAGACAAGCCAGGACGGCUCUCACGGUGACAGCUCAGUGGUUGCAUCUGUCUCAAAUAGCCCCCCAACACAGAUGCAUAUCAACAAAGGUUCCACCCUAACCCCCUCUGAUGGCUCAGGGGACUCAGCAGGGUGGUCAGCCACUGUGAAGACCCCAGCCUCCGGGACCACCAGAGCCACAGCCAGCCAGGCCAGGGGAGCAGAAGCAAAGACCACAGAUACACGUUACGCCAAAAAGAACAUCCCUACUGUCAGAUAUCAUCCAGAUAUCAUCCCAGAGAAGAACCCUGAGGCCCAUCAGCAUAGUCAUAGCCCUGUCAAGAGCAGCCAGGUCAGGGGUAAGCCUUUGGUCUCUCCCCCCAGGACCAACCAGGUUGGGGGGAGCUCCAUGGUCUCUCCCCCCAGGACCAACCAGGUUGGGGGGAGCUCCGUGGUCUCUCCCCCCAGGACCAACCAGGUUGGGGAGAGCUCCGUGGUCUCUCCCCCCAGGACCAACCAGGUUGGGGGGAGCUCCGUGGUCUCUCCCCCCAGGACCAACCAGGUUGGGGAGAGCUCCGUGGUCUCUCCCCCCAGGACCAACCAGGUUGGGGGGAGCUCCGUGGUCUCUACCCCCAGGACCAACCAGGUUGGGGGGAGCUCCGUGGUCUCUACCCCCAGGACCAACCAGGUUGGGGGGAGCUCCGUGGUCUCUCCCCCCAGGACCAACCAGGUUGGGGGGAGCUCUGUGGUCUCUCCCCCCAGGCCCGAAGCCAUGCCUCUGGGGUUAGGUCAGAAGAUGGAGGGUGGCGUUGUGGAGGCGGUGGAGCUCCAGACCCGGGGCCAGAGAGAGAACCCCAGUUGGUUCGCCUGGCGUCGGAACCGCAUUACAGCGUCCAUCGCUCACAGCCUCGCCCACAGCCGCUUUGUCACUGGCCAGAGCCAGACCCCGCCUGCUUCCUAUCUGGCCGCCAUCACCGGCCGUGGCACCAACUUCAAAACCCGCGCCAUGAACUGGGGCAUUGAGCGGGAGGCCGAGGCCGUGCGGAGAUAUCAGAGCCUGAAGAGCAAGGCCCUGGGCCGGGCGGUGAGGGUGCAGGAGUGUGGCCUAUUCAUCGACCCCAAGCGCCCCUGGCUAGCAGGCAGCCCUGACGGCAUUGUAGAGGACCAGAGGACCGGCCAACGGCUGCUCUGCCUGGAGGUCAAGUGUCCCUACAAGCACCGUCUGAACACUGUGGCCCAGGCCUGUAGAGAGGACCCAGCCUUCUGCCUGACGAUACAGGACCUGGGCGUGGGACAGGUGAGGUACCAUCUGAAACCAGACCACACCUACUACACCCAGAUCCAGUGCCAGCUGGCAGUGACAGGGUUAACCCAGGCUGACCUAGUGGUGUUCACACUGAAGGAAACAGCCAUCAUCCCUGUGACCUUUGACCCUACGUUCUGGGACGACACGCUGGUCAAGCUGGAGAUGUUCUACACUGACGCUGUCCUGCCCUACGUCAGAGACAACGGACUGGACGUACCAGCCAUGAGGCCAGAGGAGUAGCUAGCACUUAACACACAGGGGGUGGCUAGCUGGUUCAGGAUGUCAGAUAUAGAAGUCCUGAGACAAACUGUAGUUGUGGUGAAGGACUGGUCUGGGUAGGGUAAGUGGUAAAGGGCAAUUGAGACUGCAUAGAUAAGUGGUGGAGGAACCUUCUGCUUUUGUCAGGUAGGCUUGGAGAUUUGAACCUAUCACUUUACUGUCAAAUAUUUGAAUGUAAAUAAACCAUGCCUGCCUUAAGACAUCUCCGAUACCUGGAGCUGAUUUCAUGUGUGCAGAGAUCAACCUAUAUGAUCAUCAGUAGUGUGGCAGCUGACCGGAACAUAGAGUAGUUGUGCUGGAGAUCGGCUGCUUAAAUGGACACUAGAAGAUUACAUGCUUAAUGAUCGUGAUGCUUUGCUCCAUUAACACAAGACCAAACCACAUUAUCUGGUCUGGCGGCUGAUGUUGUGUACAAGGUACUUGUGAAAAUAAUAUGUCAUUAUGUAAACAGAAUAACAAUGAGACUAAUGAGUUAGUCCUUGACCUUUAUUACUGCACGUGUCACAUAUAAUAAACAACUCUUAAAAAAAGGUGAA